AUGGAAAAUCAAAAAAAAAAUAAUUUUAAUCAAAUUGAUUAUUUUAGAUGGGCCGACUAUAGUAAAAAUAAUAAUAAUAAUAAUAAUAAUAAUAAUAAUAAUAAUAUUAAUAAUAAUAAUAAUAAUAAUAAUAAUAAUAAUAUAAAUAAUAAUAUUGAUAAUAAUAAUAGUUUUUAUCGUUUCAUUAGUCCUCCAUUUAAUAAAAUUAAUAAUAAUAAUAAUGCUAACAAUUUCAAUAAUAUAAAUAAUAAUAAUAAUAAUAAUUUUAAUAAUUAUCAACUAAAUGAUGGCAAUAAGAUUUCAAUUAAUAAUAUUUUAAAUGAUAAUACAACCACUACCAAUACAUCAGCAAAUCAAAACUCUGCUAACACAAACAAAACAUAUAAUUUCUCAAAAAAUGAAAAUGGAAUUGUUUAUGAAAUUGAUAAUUUUAUAUUGGAUUCCAAUUUAGUUCGUGAACAACCAUUCAAUAAUUUUAAUUACCUCAAUAUAAUAAAUAAUAUUCAAAAUUUCCUUCAAUUAAUUUCAGGAAAGGUAAAUUUAUUGAAUGUUAUUUUGGGCAUAUUGGUUGAUGAUGUGAAUAGAUAUUCAGUAAAUCCGAAUAGUAUGUCAAUUAUUCCAUCUGAUAAUUUUCCAACACCUCAGUUACCACUUGAAACUAAUACUGAUUUAAAUAACACUUCAGAUUGCUCAUCAACUACCUUUUCAUCACCUCCAUCUUCUGCAUUUAAUUCACCAAAUCUCCAGAAUGAUUAUACUCAACCUCAAAAUCAAAAAUCACAAUCCUCAACAAUUGUUAAAAAAAAUAGUAGUAAAAGCAAAUCAAAAAACAAUAAACAAUCAAAAGAUGAUGGAGAAACCAAUGAUGGUGAAUCACCUGAAAUUGAGGAAAAAAGAGUUAUAAGAUUAGAUAUGAAUCUUAAUCCAAAUCCAACUAUACCAAAAAGAGGUAGACCACUAAAAGUAAGACCAUUUGAGUGCUCCAUUUGUAAAAUAAAAUGUUCAAUAUAUUGGAGAAGAAUAUUGAUUAAUGAAGUUCGUACCUCUGUAUGUAAUGCAUGUGGUCUUAGAACAAUGAAAAAAACUAAAAAGGAAAAUAUAGAAAAAAAAAAAAAUAAAAUCAGUAAUAUUUUAAAUGACCAUAAUUCUGAAAUAGAUAACCAAAUAAUUAUUUAUCUUAAUCAAAAAAAAACAACCACUACUACAACAACCACAACAACUUCAAGCACAAAUAACCUAAACAAUAAUAAUAAUAAUAAUAAUAAUAAUAAUAAUAAUAAUAAUAAUAAUAAUAAUAAUAAUAAUAAUAAUAAUAAUAAUGAUAACAAUAAUAAUGAUAACAAUAAUAAUGAUAACAAUAAUAAUGAUAACAAUAAUAAUAAUAAUAAUAAUAAUAAUAAUAAUAAUAAUAAUAAUAAUAAUAAUAAUAAUGAUAAUUAUAAUGAUAGUAUUUAUUCAAGAUUGUAUAGUGAUGAUUAUGAAGAUGAAUAUUAUGAAGGUGAAGAAUAUGAAAAUGAAGACGAGUAA